UGCACUCGUCAACUCCCCUUGCUGUUACGUCUCACUUACAGACAAUGUCGAAUCCUUUGUUGGACAGCAUAUUAGGAUCCCACCAGAGUCAGAACUUGAUUCUGUCACCACCAUCACAAUCGAAGGCAAAGCACUCGAUUUUCAACAAGAAGGAAAACGAGCCAAUUGCAAUCAUUCUCCUUCCUGGUUGCCAACUGAAACCAGAGCAAUACCGAGGAGUUGCAGAAGCAGUUCAACAGGCAUCGAAUCAGGAAAUAUGGGUUGCAGUUACCAAGUUUCCACUGAAUGUGGCCAACCCUCUAGUAGCACCUGAAGCCGUCAAGGAGGCCUUUCAGCAACUCAAGGAUCAGGGGUAUUCAGGUGACAAGGUGUUCUUGGGUGGCCAUUCGCUUGGAGGAGUUGUCCUACCGUGGGUGAUGGAUGGCGACAAAGGGUUACGACAGGACCAGGUGGCUGGUGUGAUCCAGCUUGGAAGCUUCUUGGCACGUGAUACCCAAGAAAACGCUCCGAUUCGAAAGGUCCCAAGUCUGACCCUUACCGGUGACUUGGAUGGCAUGGUUCGCACCUCACGUAUCGCUGAAGACUACCACCGACAUGUCAUUGCUGAUGCCCCCGAAGACAAGGAAGCCAGCAAUGAUGAUGAUACCAGGAAACUCCAUCAUUCCGUUGUGCUGGUUGAGGGAAUGAACCAUUUUGGCUUUGUAGGAGGGGAGACCCCAAUCAUGAAGCGAUUCCGAGACUUGCCGCAGGAGAUCGAUCACAGGGAUGCUGUACGAGAAGUCGCGGAAACGAUUGCUGACUUCAUCGAUGUGCAUCAAACGGGCGAUCCCAUCUCAAAGAAUAAAUUGCUGGGGCGAAUUGACGAGACAACUGAAUACCUCAAGCCAUUGCUCACAGCACUGCAGCUGGAAGGGAGCACUCAUGUUGGGUCAGAUCCUACGAAAGGCUCACCAUUUGUGAACAAGAUGCAAAAGGAGUUGCUUUCGGAACAUGCCCUACCCAAGGUGACAGUCUCCAACGAGUUUCGUGCAAGUUGGUAUCUGAACCCUUUUGCCAAGGUCCCAUUCUUUCAUCCCAAGGUGCACUCGAGCAAAGAUUAUGGAUCAUUGGAAAUGGAAACCUACGCCGACCCAGUUCACGAGAAGACGGAUGCGUGCUUUGACGCAGGUUUCUUUUCCAAUACAGUCCACGAGCUACGCUGCAAGUUCAACUCCCCCCAAGCUGUCUUGCAAGCUGCAACUGGUGAUGACCGUGUCAAGUUCGACCCGUGCCACAACUUUGCCAAAGAUCUGAACGAAAAGACCCUCGCUUGGGCUAUGGAAAACGCACCCACGCGUGUCAAGCGACGUUACCAACAGCGUGGUGUACAGCUUGUGCCUGGUGAUGAUAUCAACCACAGCAGUGGCCCUUCCUGGAUUUGGAGCUACAUGAACUACGAAAACGAUCCACAAGACCCCAACUGCAGAGUUGUUCGUUCUCACACAAUGGCGACGCCCACAGACCAUCCGAUUCCGGCUGCUGGGGGCAAGCUGUACUGCAAGUUGCUGUCCCCUGCCAAGGCUCUCGACUGGAUGUAUACAGAUUCACUACGUUUGAAAAUCAAUCCGGUGGAAGAAUUGGUGCAAUCGGUCCUACCCAAGCUGAGGGCGCUUGGCAGCAGGACAGCUCAAGCAUCAGGACAGGCUCAGGAAGCGCAGCCUUGAACUCCAAACAGCCAGCCAUACGUUGAUGAUCUUGUAGAAGAGACCGCUUAAGUCACAUACUAUACACUAAACUGUAAACGAUACUGCACGUGUAAAACAAUGUUGUCCAGCUAGCUAGUC